UAAGAAAAUCACAACAAUGGAGCUGGAUGUGUAGCUCAGUGGUAGAGCACAUGCAUAAAAGAACCUGGGUUCAGCCCCUACGACAAAAAAGGAAGUGAGGAGAAAGAAAUUUCAGGGUAUCUUCAGAAUAUUUCAGAUCUUUAAAGCAAGUCGAGUAUAUUGUAGUACUGAUUAUCUGCUUAUAACUUGCAAGUAGGUGUAAGGCCGAUCAGCAUGCAAUUACAACAGAGUCAGGGACACAGUUAGCUAAUGUCUCAAUAAUGCCCUGUAACAAAAAACUACAACUGCACAGCAGUGUACAGUAGAAAGUAUUUACUUAGCCCAUGAGUUUGCACAUCAGUGGCUGAUUUGGGCAGGGCUCCAGCCUAUGUACCUCUCUCCUUCCUCCUGACCUGGACCAUGUCUGUGGUGGGGCAACAGAGAGCAAGACCAGGCAUAGAGCUGUAUGUCCUGGUUUUGGUCAUUUCACAGCUGCCAACCUUCCAUGGCCAAAGCACAGAGCAGGGCCAAACCCAGAGCCCCAAGGAUUGGAGCAGGCUCCACGUGCUCAGUGGAGGGAACUACAGAGACACAGGGACCAAGAGUGGAUACACGGGGGAUUGUGAGAUUAGAGUUGUGCUUGGGUUCUACCUGCCUCUGCAGUGUCUGCUAACUUAGGCCCUCAGUACUCCAAAACCACAGAGCCAACUUGCCUGCUGCAAAGCCUUCUAUGUUGCCUCAUAGCUGUGUGGCCCUGAGCAAGUGAGCUGGCUUCUCUGAGGCCUGAGUCCUCUCCUGUCACUGCAGAUGAGGUGCUAUCUGGUGAGUACAUGGCUAUGCUUGGAAGCCAGGUCUGGGUCACAGAAGAGCUGCACAUGCUGUGAUCAGAGUGUCUCUGUGUCUGCAGGGGCCAGGCUCUUGGACUGCAGUAGAUACCAAAACCACCGAAAGGGUAUAGACAAGGGAGGGAAAUUCCUGUGUUCCACCAUUAUUUCUGACUUAAAAGAUAGCAUAUUCAAUCCAGAAAAAGAGGCAAAUAUUUUACAGGACAAUUAAGAACACAUCCAAUUGUUUGCAUUCAUAUAGCAUUUGGCACACAAACUGAGUUGUUUAUGUAAUAUUAUCUUAUUCUAUUACCAGUUAAAAAGUCUGAAAUGUGUUAGUCUCACUGAGCUGAAGCCAAGCUGUGGAUAGAACAUCCCAGGCAGGGCUCCCUUUCUCAGGGCUGUGAGCCAGAGCUCAUUUCCUCCCUUCUGGCUUCCCAGGGCUGCCCCUUUCGUGUCUCCCACUUCUUCCUCCAGCCACAGAGCCGGCAGUGCAGCCCCCUGCCAUCCUCCCAUCCCUCUCCACCUUCCCAUCUGCUUCACUGACUUCUCCCCUCCUGCUUGCUCCCACAGCCCCUUGUGAGGACACGGGGAAUACCCAGCCCCUGCAGGAUCAGGUACCUAUCUCCGGACCUGCUUUACUCACACCCCCAAAAGGCUCACUGCCCUGUGUGCCCCACAUCCACUCCACCCUCCCUCCCUAUUUCCUCUUUCACUACUUCCCUCUCUUUUUUUCUCCUUCCAUUUCUCUACUUUUCUCUUUUUUUAAAAAAAGUAAGAAUUACACUAAUCACAUAUCUUUGAAAUCUUUUCACUUUGCAGAGUUGGAAAUUAUUUUCUUAAAUUAUUCUUCAACAUGAGUUUGAGGUUCUGGGUAACACAGUAAGGCUAUAGAACGUUUUAGUGACUGUGUCUUCUAAAUGUAUUUUAGGAUGUUUCUGUUCAUUCCAGAUAUACUCUCAUGUGUACUUUGCCCUUAAAUCUCUGUACACAUCUCUGCUCACUUGCUUGGAAGAAAUUUCUCAUUACGGAAGUGCUGUAAGCAAAGGACUCCGCUGCUAUUGUGACUUCUGUGUGACAUCUAGUGCUAACUAGUGCCAGAAUGAUACCUUUUGGCUUUGUGACAGCUCCAUUUCUUACAGAAGCUCCCUCUGAAGCUGCUGUCCCCACUUUAGCAGGCCGGUGUCUCACAAAGGAGGGCUCUGCCCACCUUAUUGCAGCAAGUGUGAGUCAAGGCCUGACCAGAAGGGCUCAUUUCGCCUAAAGGAAACAGCAUCUGUCCCAAUGUGUUGAGCAUCAGUGGCCUUUCACAUGGAAAUCCCGUCCAGGUGGGUGCCUCUUCUAACCCUCAUGUUUGUACACUGCUGCUGCCUUUUUACAAUGUCCUCAUGUGUGUUUGAUGUGAGAUACUGUUUCUGAAGGAAAACAGAGGAGAUGGUCACAUGGAUCUCAAUGGGCCAUUAUACUGUCCCCAAAGGCUGGCAGAGAGGCAGGGUACACUGAGAGUGCCAGAGCCAACAUGGAGGACAAGUGUCAUUGUUCUGGUGAGCUGGCAGCUCAGAACUUGGCAGGUGGGGAUGGAGGAGGGGUGGAAUGCGGUGACCAUGGAAACUGCAGCAGAAGAGCUUGGCACUGAGAGCCAGGCCCAUCUCAUAGGUGAGACUUCCUGGCUCUUGGACCAAGACAUCUGUGUGAAGAUGCAGUGAGGGCUGCUAGGAGCCGUGUCCAUCAGCCCUGCUGGCCCAGUUAGUGGCCCAUCCUCCUGCUCUGUCACCAGGUCCUGGAAGGCCCCACGCUGCUUAGUGGGGGCUGUGUCCUUCAUGCUUGUGUAUCCUUUUUAUUGUGGUAAAAGUGACAAUCUACAAUUUGCCUUUCUAACCAGAUUUGUGUAUAGCGCAGCAACACUUAAGUAUGUUCCCAUAGUUAUGUGACCAUCAUCACCAUCCAUCUCCAGACCUUCUCACCUUCCCCAUAGGAAACUCUGUUGCCAUGAACUCUCACCUCCAGUUCCUCCAUGUCCCCAGGCCCUGGCCACCACCACCUGCCUGUUUCUGGAGUUCACUCUCCAGGGAUCCUGUGAAGGGAAUCACACAGGACUGGAUCUUUUCUGCCUGGCUUCUGUCACUCAGUGCGAUGUUCUCUUCGUUUUUUCUCUUUUGCAGCACAGGACAAAGAAUCCUACUUGUGUCCACGUUCCCUGUUAACAUCCCAGAGAUGACAACUUUUAUCGUCUACAUAAAUAGGCACUGUGUGCCGUGUGUUUUUACGUAAUCCUGUGUCAUAUAGCCUUUCCUUAAUUUUCAUCGAAAUGGAGCCAUGUCUACAGUCUUCUCCAGCUGAUAGUUGUACCUAGCAAAAGGUGGGUCAUCACUUUUUGUCGGUCUCUUCCUGGUGGUUGGACAUUUCUCUCUCCUUGUUGAAUGUUUCCUGUUCUCUGAAGAAUAUUUACUGUUCCAUCUCCCAAAUGUGGAAAAGGAUCCGUAACUCCCGUCGUUUUCCUGGAGUGAAGCAAUACUUCUACGCCCUGACUGUCCUGUUUAGUGCUAUGGCCUGGGUGUUCAGCGUUAUCCUAGUAACCAGUGUAUUCUGGCGAGUGUGGGAAUUUGACAGCCAGGUCGUUCCCAUUGCCUUCAUUGGCCUUUGGAAGGCUCAGUACUAUCUCAGGUCGAAUGACUCUGGCUUAGUGCGUGAUAUGCUAAUAGACUCAAAUAUCCACAGUGGGUGGACCCAUGCAGUUGAGCUUGAAUAUGCAAAGGAUCUAAUAGUGCUGGUGAAUUUUAUGCAGCCAGUGACCCUGAUAUUCUGCCUAGUGGCCUUUCUGGUCAGCACGUCGAAGCGCACCUACUCAGCUUUUGUACGACUCUAUUCCAGAAGCUCAGCCCUCCUUCUUUUACUCAACUCUGUCUUUGUGGCUGUGGCUGUGGGCUGGAACUACAUCAUGGACAUUUCUGGCCAAAGCACCCUUGAUUUCCCACUAGAGAUUCCUGUUAACAAAGAGGAUGUGAUCAAAAAACACUUAUCCCAUGUGUUCCCACUGGGGAUUGUCACUGCUGCUCUGUCCCUCCUCAAUGCCAUCCUAUGCUUUUGGACCAUGACCUUCCUAAGGGCCAAGUCAGUAAAAGUGUGAGAUGUUUAUUAAAUCUCAUAGGAAAGCAUGGGACUGAGGGCUGAGAUAUAUGGGAAGUCCUGAGUGCAGGGUGCUUGAAAAAAUUACUAUGCAGGUGUGUACUUGGAGUGUUCAUGUCCUCACUGCAAAUAAAAUCUGUGCUUUGGUUUGUCA